AUGCCCUUUUUCCAGACGUUGUUUUACAACGAUCUCGCGAGUUAUGGAGAGCUUCCUCAGCGUGCUUACGCUUCUGGGCCUCUCGAUUUUCUUCUUCGCCACCUGGGGGUCGUCCUCUUCAGCGGCGCCCCAGUAGAAACGUACUUCAAUCGCCACGCAAACUUCAAAAUGCUGCCGAGGGCCGUGAUGGCGCUGAUAGGCAGCUGCACUGGCGAGGACUGGCACAUGAUUCUUCAGCAGCUGCGGAUGCACUACACCGCGACAGACCAGAAACUGCUCCGCGUGACAGUUGUGGUCUUCUGCAUUUCCUUCAUCGUCCUCGUUUUUUUCAUCCUCAUGGAUCUCUUCACCACCGCUGUCCUCGACGAAUACAUGGACACAGUGAAGGACGAGAACUUGUGGAAUAUUUCGUGUCAGAAACGCGUCUUGAUUGAACGCUGGAACCCCAAGAACGAGCUCAGCACGAACUACAAAAGCCUCACUGACAUGAUCGCCCUCCUGAGGACGAUCGACCAGCCAAUGGGCAUAAAGCACCGUUUUCACCCCGAUGAGAAACGGCAGAAAGUGCUCAAGUACAUCGCCAAAUACGGCCUUCCAGUCUACGCUGGGGCGCGAGUCCAUCUUCGGGACGUGGUUCUCAACUGCGCCAAGCGAGCGUGCGAAUUCCACGCCAUGAGUCACGGCGUCAUGGACAUGCAGGACGGCCAGGUCGAGCUGAAUCCGCGCCUCAUCAGCAGUUGGAUGGGGAAGUUUCCCGAGCUUGCCCACGUGGAGACCAGGUACGACCUUCGCCACCACUUGGCCGCGGAGACGCUCCAGAGCUGGUUCCGAAGACAGCGCAUGCGACUCCACGGAAAGCUCGCGAACCCAGAGUGGUGCGCCGCUCGGUUUGUGUCUUUCGCGAUGGAGAGUCGAACGGCCCACCUCCGCCGGCCGAGCGGCCGCGCAGGGCACCGCGCAAGCCAGAUCGAUCGUAGAUACAGUGGGGUCGCGAGGCGGCGCAGUUGGCGGCGGUCUCGAGUGGACUCUGCAGCUGGAAGCUCGCAGCUCUCUGCGACAGCGUCUGGCGGCAGCUCGGAAGCCCUGCCGCAGCCAGAGAGACUUCAUCUUAGGGGGGCAGGCGGGUCAGACCAGGUCAGAAUGAGCUUGCCAGAGUCCAUUUCGACGCGUGGAAGCGUUCCCGGGUCGAGCUCCAACAGCCGCCGGGGAAGCAUCAUGACAGGCACCGACGUUGACCUCGCGCCCCGCGUCCUCUUCGAGUCCUGCAUGCUGGUACCUGAGGGCACGACCACAAAGGAAACCAGCUCGAGAGAACGUCUCAGCGCACGCUCUGCCAGUCGAAGCGAUAGUCUGCCGCAAGUUGCGUCAGUGGAGAACUCCCCUAGUGACGGCCCCCUCACAUCAUGCAUCACUACCCACCUUUCACAGACGGAAGAUCCCUGA